AUGUAUGCUGCAGAUGGUCAUCCUGGCACUGUACUUGCUAUCACCUAUAUUGAGCACAAAGAUCCGAGCAAGCCCGGUAAAUGGCUUUGUGAAAAAUGCAGCCGAUACCAGCGCUCCAAGUUCACUACCAAGAAAAUAAGUGAUGCAGUAAUUCCAAAUACCUCGAAGCAUGGUUUCAGCCAGUCUGAAUAUGAUGGUGCUGCAGUUCACAAGCAGACUGCAGAGGCGCAGCGUGGAAAAUCCCAACUUCCUGUUCGUGCAGUGGGGCUUAGUGUAUCAUGUGGGAUGCCUCCACCUGCAUUCAUCCCAGGUCCCGUUCACCCGAGGCGCGCCUCAGCAAAUCAUCAAUUUGUUCCUUUACCCAACUGGCCUGCAGCUCCUGGCCCCUCAGACAUCCGCCGUGCAAAUCCAUUAGGGCCCAACAUAUCUAUUUAUGGCCGGGACACUCAGUUUAUUGUGUACUCAGACCUUCUUCGAACUCUGCCACUCAGGCCUGGUUAUCAAGAUGCACAUAAAAUUUAUGAAGAGAUGCGAGACCGGCUUGCUCGACAGGCCUAUGCUUUGAGUGUUCCCGAAGUGGUAUGUGUCAAGGCAUACCUUGCAGUGAUGAUUCCACGGGCUAAAAAACCAACUCUAAUAUCUUCGAGUCGAUCAGCAAUAUCCCUUACCUGUAUUGGUGCCAAUGACCUUAAAACUUCGGUGUAUCUCACCCUACUUCCCAUGUUCAUCAAGUGGUCCAUGGGUCUUACUUUUACGUUUGAAGAGGCACGUUUGCGUCUUGUUAGUAGUUUCGAGGAGAUUCUUCCCCGUCCAUCUGGAGAAGACAUCAAUGCCAUAGCAUCCCACUUCCUCAAGACCAGGAACACGAAGCAGCAGUUCAACGCUGGCAAGGGGAUCGAACUUCACCUCAUUAUUCCACAUACAAAGUUCCUUGCCGCUGAGCAAAGGCGAAAUGCAUACAUCAACCAGGAUACACCUCGCGCAACAGCAGCAAGUUCAUCUGACAUCCAACAUCUUUCAAGUCCUGCAUUAGUACUAUCUGCGGUGUCCCCAUCAAAAAAUUUGCAAAAUGGCGUCCAAUGUUCGCCUCACCCUGUCAAGCGCAAAUUAUCAUCGCAUCGCACACAGCCUCCUGUCCCAUCCACGCCCCCUCGAAAGCCUCGGACCUUGGAUGCUGCAGUAUCUCCAGAUGUUAGCGCACUUCGCCGUGCACUUCAAGCGCAAGCUAUUCCCAUAUCCCAACCAAACUUACCCUUUCUCACUCUUCGCACGUUCAAGGCACUACUGCGGAUAAUCCCCCCAAUAUCACUCUCUGCUCUGAUUACUGAUCCAACCACUUCUGACAUAGUAACAAAUACUACUGCCCCCCCGAUGCAGGCUACUCUUUUUUUCGAUCCACGAAGCAAACCGAAGUAUGGAGCAUUCAAAGCAGCACAAUUCGGCUUUCUAGACAAAGCUAUCCUUGGACCGUCUGGAUCUGAUUCAACUCGCAUCUGCUUAAAGCAGUGCUACUACCAGACCGACAAAUCCAAGCGGUUUCCUUAUCCCGAUUCUCGGCAACUACAGCUGCUGCAGCCAGAGAUUAGAUGCAGCAUAUGGGCAGGAGCACUCAUGGACCGGGUUCAGCAAUAUAUUGCCACAGAACUAGUGACUCGCAGCACACCUCCCUUCAAGAUUCCAAAUAUCCGCUUCGUGCAUAUUGCUCUUGCCACUAUCGAGGACGCUGGUGUUACAAAAACAUAUCUAAUUGAAGAGUUCAUUGACGAGUCCACGCAAGGGAAAUUCACAAAGUAUAUAUCCAAUGACUCGCCUUCCCCACUGCCACACCUUGAUGCCAAUUCAAGUGAAAUUGCCCAGUACCUGUCAUUUGCACAACACGUCCAAUACAUCAAGACCAAGAAACUUGCUUACGUUGCAGAUUUUCAAGGCUCGUCUUUAUUUUGGAUAUCUACACAUAGCUUAUUCGUUCUCGACAGUGAUCUUUCCGGACACCUGUUCGCAGAUGGCAACUUGGCAUCUGCAUUUUCAUCUUUUGCGGAGAAACAUCAGUGCAACAUGUUUUGCGAAUUUUUCAAAUUGCCAUGGGACUGGUCUCGUCCAAUACCCCCAUUGUUCCAUAAGACACCAGAAGAAGUUGCUGACAGCGAGAGAGACUCAGAGUCUGAUGACGAAAGUGAUGACUUUGGUGAAAAGAGCAUGACACACGGUCGGCAAACUACUUCUUUGAACGACCCCCCCUACUCUCGACUCAGCCCAGAUCUGCUCCAUGUCCUACAGCAGCUAGGACAGCAGGGUAGAGGAGUGCCCAAAGGAAUGGCGUUGAAGCGGCAGGACUGUCUAUGGCGCAAGGAGCAGGGACAAGGACAGGAAGGCCUCCUGCGCGGAAUGACGAGUUGCGUCCUCAGACUGGAGACUGUCUAUGGCGCAAGGAGCAGGGACAAGGACAGGAAGUGUGACCUGACGCUGGUAGAAGCCGGUGGUGUAGGCGUUGGCGCUGGCGAAGUAGUGGGCGCAGUAUGGGCGCGGGUGACGUGGCGCUCGCAAGUGGUGGUGACGCGCUGGGCCGUUCUAUGGCGAGGCAGGCGUUGGCGCUGGCGAAGUAGUGGGCGCAGUAUGGGCGCGGGUGACGUGGCGCUCGCAAGUGGUGGUGACGCGCUGGGCCGUUCUAUGGCGAGGCCCGCAUUCGCUGACGUGUGCUGGGCGUUCGCGCAUAGUACCGGCGAUGGUGGUUCGAAUGGCGAGGGCGCGACAGAAGGUGCCAGUGACGUGGCGUUUGGUGGUUCGCAUGGUGGUGGUGAUGGGUGCCGGCUGAGGACACGCGUUAGCGUGUCUGAUGGCGUCAAGAUGGGUGGCGCGUGUGCUGACGAAAAGGAGUGA